AUAAAUGACGCACAGCACAUGCCUAUAUCCAGCACUGUUGUCGCCGGUGGUACCGGAAGUUUGGUGAUGAACGUCCUCCCGAACGGUCAACACACAUUGUGGACGAUCACCGCAAGCUAUGUAUUGUUUGGGUUAGGCCUGCCAAUGGCGGUGACCAUCUUGGCUAUCCACUACCAGCGUCCCACAUUGCACAAAUUGCUGCCGCGCGAGGCUGUAGCAAAUGUAUUCCUGCAUGUAUUCCUGCCUCUCUCAACCGACCAAUCCACCAUCAUGCGGCUCGGUGUCGCUGCUCUCAAAACAUUUCCUUCAACUAACACACUGGACGAGAUGGCGGGACCUAUUGCAUAUGUCGUUGGCUGGAUAAUGGGUAUGAUUCCGUGG